GGAAGCCAAGCAGUAUAUUGCUCAAUUCAUCAAAGACCCAGUCAUGAUCGGUUUAGCCAAGGAGGUGCAGUUCCUUCAAAGCAAAUCGCGAGUACCGUCAAAUUCUCCCGCGAGUGUCUCGGACUCGGAGUUCUCUCCAGAGCUGAUGCAACUUCGAACACACCUACCUCCCAAAGCAGUAUGUGACCAGCUAUUCGAACUAUAUACGCAGAAUUUCGAAGGGGUGUUCUGUAUCCUUCACAUAACUUCUUUUUCUCGUCAAUACACGCAGUUCUGGGCCGAUCCUGACGGUGAGAACGACCGGUCAAGUGCUUUUCUUCCUCUCCUUACGGCUGUUUUGACAGUAUCAAUCAGGAUUGCCAAACCCAAUACUAAAUUCGGAAACCUACCUGCGUGGGAUUAUCUCAAUAACGCGGCAAUUGAUUUCAUUCGAGCGUGGCAGCGUAAGCUUGGCAGAAAGCAACAAACAGAAAUUGCCACGCUGCAAAUUGAGACGCUGGUUGUAAUGGCUCGUCGACUACGACUAGAGUCCGCAGAAGAGAUAUGGAGGGCGACAGGCAGUCUGGUUCGCUCAGCAAUGGUGAUGGGGCUGCAUUUGGACCUUUCCCGGUACGGAAACCUAUCUGUCUUACAAGCUGAAAUUCGACGUCGGCUGUGGAUUACAAUCGCGGAAAUGGAUCUCCAGGCAUCUAUUGAAUCAGGGAUGCCGGUCAUGACACCAGACCUUGAUUAUGGAGCGCUCUCUCCCGCUAACCUCGACGAUGUUGACGUUGACGAUUCGACGGUCGAGUUGCCACCCAGCAAGCCCUUGCAUGAAGAGACAAGGUCUCUCAUACAGGUCACUCUAGCUAAGUCGCUAAGGCACCGCAUCAAGACCAUGAUCUUUGUAAAGAAUGUUAGUCCGGGGCAGGACAUGAACGCAGCCUUAGAGAACGGGCGAGUAUUAGAAGAUUAUCUACAACGGAUUCCGGACUCACUCAAGCUUGACUGCAAUUCCCAGGAUGAUGAGACCCCAGGACAUUUGUUAAACCGCGUUCUACUGGACAUCCACAUUCGCAGACCUCUGCUUUGCCUCUACCGAUCGGUAGCCAUGCUUGAAGGUCAAAAGGAAGAAGGGUACCAUACACUACGACAAUUGCGUUUGGAAUCAUCAUUAGCGAUCUUAACCUACCAGGACUUUUUUGACCCAAAUGUGGGCGAUCCCGAUAUUUUCAGCUCCAAUGUUUCUUGGGAUAUGUUCCUGGCACUCUGCAAAAAUGACCUUCUUUGGGCUGCGCUGAGUGUGUGUGAGCAUAUGAGAUUAUCUGGACAGACACCACACUCAGUCCAGACCCCAUCCAGCAAUUACAGCGUUGGUUUUUCGGCCGAACAUACCCCGACAUAUAGCAAGGGUAUCAUGAUACGCACUGUCGAAAGCACUCUUGAUGCGUUGAUACGGAGGAUUGCCGACCCUGGGACCAACGUGAAGGACAUUAUCCUUCUUGCAAUUGUUCUCCAAUCAGUGAGAGCUCGGGGCUCUACCCAGGUGAAAGAUUAUCAAAUGCAAGAGGGGGCAAAGAAGGCUUUCGCGGCUUGUAGACAGUAUCUACUUCCCUCCGUCGCAGAUGAAUUUGCAGCAGGAAACGUUGCUGACGUCGCCCAAAUGCUUCAUUCAAAUCAGGCCCUGUUCCCUAACGGUACAACUGGAUUCGAGCCUAAUGUCCCACUGCCUGAUCUUAUAGGACCAUCCUCUAGUUUGCUUGACGAAUUCAACGAUUUCCAAGGAAACAUCUUUUCCUUCGACGACGGAUUGUUUGCGUGGAACCCAUGA